CAGCAAUUCGACUCAUAGCACUUAGCGCCACGUGAGCACCGGGCCUCGGAUGAAGAUCCGAACCCGAGCCGAGAUGCUGCAGUGGCUGUUAUCAAUGCCGAGGACGAUGAUCCAACCCAAUGUUUGAUUGGAUCUGCGCAGUUCCCAGCGCAGUCUAUUGUUGCGGGCUAUGGUCAACCCCGGAAUUAACCCCACAAGACAGAGGUGGGAAUAAUCUGGCUUUGCGCAGCAUCCUUGGUGCUAGGACGGAUCAUGCGGGGUUCUUGAACCCGACUGUUCUCUACACAUAUAAACCACCUCCCGAAGCCGUAACAACCAGACACAACCUUCUCCAGACCUCACCAAAACACUACCUUCCAAACAACUACCACAAUGGCCCCCUCAGCAACCUUCAUUGAUGUGGAACCGCCCACGGUGAUUGGGCCCGCGACCAAGAAAGCGACGCGACCCUCCAAUGCGCUGCCUCAAUCCUUGAUCCAGGGCGCAAAGGUAGCCAAACGAGAGAGUUUCGACCCCGCCAAGCACUUGAGCUUCCAGCCUCCGAAGUCAAUCUAUACGAUGGAACAGCUUGGACUACAGGGCCAUGGCAUCUCCCCUAACGCUGCGAGCGAGCCGUUCCCGCUCUUCACCCAAGAGGCCAUUGCCCAAAUGAGAGCAGAGAUCUUCGACGAGAAGGUGCUGGCAGAGUGCCAGUAUUCGUCCACCUUCAACAAGAACAUGGUCCGUGGCAUGGGCCCUGCGCGUGCACCAUUCACCUACGACGCAUGGAAGUCCCCCGAAGUGCUGUCGAUCAUUUCCCAGGUGGCCGGCAUUGAGCUUGUCCCAUCGAUCGACUUUGAGAUUGCCAACAUCAACAUCUCGGUGCGGGAUGAGAAUUCCGAGGUAGAGAAGACCAUCUCUCUUGUGUCGGAUGAUGAGCUUCCGGCGGUCGCCUGGCAUUACGAUAGCUUCCCUUUCGUGUGUGUGACGAUGCUGUCGGACUGCACGGGCAUGGUGGGCGGAGAGACGGCGCUGCGAGCCCCGAAUGGAGAGAUCAUGAAAGUGCGCGGACCGGCAAUGGGCACUGCGGUGGUGUUGCAAGGACGAUACAUCGAGCAUCAGGCUCUGAAGGCGAUGGGUGGUCGCGAGCGAAUCAGUAUGGUGACUUGUUUCCGACCCAAGUCACCUCUGGUGAAGGAUGAGACAGUCUUGGUGGGUGUCCGGGGAAUCAGUAACAUUUCCGAGCUCUAUACACAGUAUACGGAUUAUCGGCUGGAGAUUCUGGAGGAACGCAUCCGGCACCAGCGCAAGCAGGAGCGCGAGCGGGAAGUGGCGCAACGCCCCUUCAACGUCCCCGACAUGAAACGCUUCCUCACCAACCAGAAGUUGUUCAUUGAAUCGAUGUUGCAGGAAAUCCAGGAGGUCGACUGAAUCUUAGCUAGUCUAGAGAACGAAUUUCAUUUUGUUGAGUUUGCACAUUUGAUUUUCCUAAUUUCGUGGAUUUUUCAUUUAAAUUGAGUAGUGUCUCCAACGCAGUGCGUGGAGUCAGUAGUUGUCAGUCGUUUGAGUUCACUACGGGGUAUUGUAAUAGGAUCAGUAGUGAGUUCUGCCAAUGAGUGUGGUGUGUCUAGUGCGCAGUCAGUUG